AUGGAUAUCACCACUUUACCAAACGAUAUAUUUCGCAUCAUCGUGCAAUACCUGUCUCCCCUAGACCUCAUACUCUGCCGCCGGGUAUCCAAGUCUUUCCAUGCAGCGUUCAUCGAAUCAGACCUGAGUCGCCACCUCCUUCUUCAACACUUCCCAAGAUCACGAGAGUCGCGAUGCGUCGACCAGUCUACCUCGCAAAACUGGGCUCAGGACUUUUCCAGAGUGUCUGGGAGGUAUUAUCACCUCAGAUCAGGCACUCCAAGUAAAAUCGAAGCGCUGCCUCUGGGGAAGUCAUUUCUACUGCCUGCUUGGUCGAGAUAUUUUCCCGUUUCACCUUGGCAUCGACAUCUUCAAUUUGAGGAGAAAACAGCGCCCUUUCACUAUCUAGACCCGCUAUGGACGUUUGAUGAUGGGAUAUUGAUCUAUCCGUCAGCCGAGGCACAGAGCUAUGUGAUGUACGAUCUCCGUACACGGGCCAAAUCAAACAUAGAGAUCGGAUCAGAAAACAAGAUUGUUAGGAGGAUUCGGCUGAAUGAGAAUGUCCUCGUUGUUGAGUGGUGCGAGCAUGAACCAUAUCACCAGUUGAACGAGAAUGAGGAGGUAUACAGGCACUUUGCGACGGCUUAUGAUGUGAAGAAAGCUACAGACUGCGCAGAGAACAUUACAUUUCGGAACGAAUGGAAGAUACACUUCUUGGGUAUACCCCUGAAUUCUCGUGACCGUUUCUUCAGCACACACACAGCAAAACAUUACGCUCUUUACAUUUGGCAACCCAACCGAAGCGCUUGGGGAGAGGAUGAACCAAUAGAGUCCUUGGCUAUCUGGGACAUCUCGUCUCCUUCCUCGUACAAGCCAAGUGAAGAUCCCUCAGGAACCCUCAAACCCGAUGAAGAUGUGGAGGGGCCACGAAGCGUUAGACGAUUUUCGUUUGCUCAUCUAGAUUUCUACAAAAUCCGGCAACGCUCAACUCCGAUGCUGCGUUGUCUAGAAUUGGACGAAAACCACGUUUACGUCGUCGAGGAGGACCAUCGUUGGAUCGUAGGUCAUCAGGCCAGUCACGAUCCUCCAAGAUUGCACCUAGUUAAGACCACUGGUAUUCCAUUCCAUGUAGGUCCUCGAUGGCAAGACGAGUGUGGAGCAGAUGGCGAUGCCAAUCUGUCUUUUUGUGAAAGGCAACCAGAUACUCGAUAUCCAAACUCAGCUCCGUGCUGGAGACAUGAGGAAUUUCCCUAUCUCACAAUCACGCAGGCAGUAGACUCGGCCGCUGGAGUUGUUUUCUCAGCCCGACACUGCUUCAUCCUGGAAACCAUCUCUAUCAAUCUCAAACCCAAAGUGCACAUGACAGGACCAGGUUAUGAGAUUUCCCUUAGAGACGACCUCUGGCAACAGCUACUUGCCAUGGGCAAGAUCUAUGGGGAUGAACGGUGGCUCAUAGGGGAAAACGCCAGUCAGGAGGUUGUCAUCUUACACUUUGACGAGCGAUUGGAUACUUCAUCAGCCAGCUCGAUAUCGAUUAAUACCCCGUAA